GGUUAUUUUCUGUUUAAAAAAACUUAUUUAAUGUAGAAUAAAUAAAAUUAUUCAUAGACACUGCAUGUUCUACACAUGCACAGUAAUUAAAGACAAAUAGAACAUUAAACUCAGUCAAUAAACAUCAUUGGAUGGAAAUUAUUUGAUAAUUAAAUUGUAUGAUAAUUUGUAAGGACAGGAAGAUUAUUAUGCAAUGUGAAAAAGCUAUGUCCACUUCCUUAUCUAGAAUACAAAAUCCAUUAGUAGUGUUACAGUCCUUCUGGAUUUAUUUUCUGGGUGUCUGUUUUCAGACAGGACUCAUUGUAUCUAGUACUCGGCAUUAACCAUAGCUCUGGAAAGUGCUCAGGAUGACAUAGUCAGUGAUAAAAUUACAGUUAGCCCACAAGCCAAAGAAAAAUUUUCUACAGCAGCACCGACAAUUUUUACCAAAAAUUGGUCUGUAAAAUGUACAUGCAAUUUUUCCAUGAACAAUUUUGUCUUCAUGGCUUGCAUCUUUGGAAACAAAUUUCAUGCAAGCACAGCAAAUUCUUUAAAUUUGUACUUGAACUAAAAGAAUAAGCAGGAAAAUGUGAUAGUGGUAUCUAUUAAUAACAAAUCACCUCGUUCUUCAUGUUGCUGUUCCUGGGGUUCUUCCUCAGUGAUUGUUACUAAGGGUGUUGAAGAAUUUAUUUCUUUGACAUCACCUCCUUCCUCAACUUUGAAUCUUUUAAACUUGCUGUUGUAUCUCUUUGGCCGAACUUGUCCUCUUUUAUUUAUAACAGUUCCUACAAAAGGGAAAAUUACAUUUUUUUUAUUCAAUUUAGAUGAUAUGAUUAAUUGAAGUCUUUGAACUCUUGCUUGUUGCAUAUGAUUAAUAGAUACAUAUAUAAAAUACACAUGCAUAAACAUUCUUGUGUCAAUAAAACCACUACCAAGUCAAGGACAAACAUAAACAAUGUGUACAUUAUUCAUACAAUAAUGUUGUGAUUCACAUGUACUAUGCCAAACUUGUACUCAAGCGGGGUUUGGACACAUAUAUAAUGAAGACUGUCCUAUGGUGCCUCAACUCCUGUGCAUUUAUAAAUGCACAUUUUCAUUCGACAAUGAUUGGGUAACAAUUUCAUGGUUUACACAAUGACGUCGUAAGACAACAAUGUAACACUUUUACGCACUACUCCCUGAAGCAUUUCAAUGUCAACAAUCAUGAGCAGUGGUAACAGUUAACGAAUAGUCAUGCAACUAUUUCUGCAUAGUGCCUUUAUGCUAUAUGGCUGUAUACAUAUCACAGAUAUAGGUAUACAUUUUUUCAUGUUGCAAUAACAUUAUAAUUCUAACCUUCCUUCUUGGCACAUUCAAAAACAGACAUUCUGGAUAUUUGUUCAGCCUAGCCGCUAGUUUCAGGUAAAUGCAUGUAUAUAAGCCUGUCAGAUACUACAACAAGAAAGCAAACAACAUUUGUUGAAAAAAAUUCUUGCCACAUGUGUUUAAAUAGAAUCUUAUAUGACAAAACUAACACGAGAAUGUUUACAUUUGCAAUCCUACCGAAUUUCCUCGGCCAUGUCCACAAGAGCUUGCCUGUAAUCCUACGUACUCUUUUAAAUCGAAGCGUAUAACAGCGGCGAACGUAAGUAAAAAGUUCAUUUGAAACAAAUUCAUAUAUUUUAUAACUCUCUCUACUGAACAAUCCGUAAAAUGUUCAAUUCAAAACUCAAAACCAACGCAUGUUCAGCACGUUUAACAGUCAUCAGAGGUAUUCCGAAUGUCGGACAGCUCGCCCCAUUGACAGUAUAGACCAAACAAUUCGGCCCCAAAAUAUGAUUUUUCAAAUCAUAACAAAAGUAAAAACGCUAUAUUUUAAAAGAAAGAUUUAAAAUGUAAUAUGUUAUCAGUAGCUAUCUUAUAUGUUAUCAUUUUUUUUUUUAACUUUUAUAGUUCUUUUGUCUUAAGUAAUGAUCUGAUAUGUCAAUGGGUCGAAACCACUGGAUACCUUCACGACUUAUCGGGCGUUUUCGUGAUUUCUGUGCGUACGCACCUUUUGCGGGUUUUUUUCGAAAGAGGCGGCAGAGUAUAUACGUAUCAUCAGCAUGGAGAAACGGCGAAUUAAGUUUACUGUAAUCGAAGAUACAGGUAGGUGACUGUGUGAAUGGAUUUUAGAGCAUAAAUAAAUAAUAUUGUGUGUGAUUUCUCCCCCCUCAAUUUCUCUGCUCUUGGAUAUAGCAGAUAGAGUUAGUGUAUGGUUUUGAUGAGUAAGGGCACCCAAAUGGAGUAUAAAUUUUAAAUAUAAAUAGUAAUAAAGUUUAUACAGAAGAUUUUAUAGAACAGUAAAGGGUUAAACGGACACGUGGGGGGGGGGGGGGGUCAGAAUUUUGUUAACAUAAAAGUUUUUUCUUUACAUCAUGUACAUUAACAUUACACUACAAUAAAGUGGGGGGGGGGAACCAAGCUUUCAAUAAACAUUUUCGUGGUAUACAUUUAUAGUAAAAUGGACAAUUGACGUCACAAAUAUCUGUUACUAAAUUUUUAAGGAUUUUGAUGACCAGAAAUGCAGAGGAAAUCCAUUCAUGGGAGUAGAAAAAAAAUGUUUUUGCAUUAAAAUAUAUAAUAAAAAGGUUAUUGACUGCAUGACUAUGAGUUCUUAGCGCGGUUAUGUGGACCGAGCUUGCGAGGUCUGCAUCCACGCAAAGACCACUGGUGGGCAUAUUUCCCGAUAUUCAGUCAAUAACCUAUAAAUAUUAAACUUCUUGUUCUUUUACAACUAAUGAAUAUUACUUUAAAAUGGUUAAAAAUAAAAGGAAAUAGUGAAAAUAACGAGAUGUUUCGCGCCUAAAUCGGCGCAAAACAUCUUAGUGUGAAACAGAAUCGGUGCGAAACAUCCUGGAUUCAUUGUGGGAUACCCUUCAGGUUUAAUGAAAUACUCCUAUCACAUUUGCAAAAUAGUGAUAUGGAAUAUCCAUGAUUGAUUUUUCUUCUUAAUUAUUGUUUAUUAUUGUAGUUCAGUGGACCAUCAUUAAGUUUACCGAUGAUGGUAUCAUAGCUAUUAAAAAACUGAAUGAUCUACGCAGCAAUGAGGGUCAUGAUGAGGAAGAACUAGAGGAGGGUGAUCACUGUUUGGCAAAAUAUGAUGAUAAUGAAUACUAUGAUGCCAAGAUUCUGUUAAUUACAGAUGAUAAAGAAAAAGCACUUAGAGAGAAAAAAAGUCUUCCUUGAGGUUCAAAAAGGUACAAGUACAUGUAGUUGUACAGUAAUCAACAUGUAUUCCGUCGUUAAGAACCUGAGUGUCAUUAUGUUAAUAUGUAUAAAUGUUUAAUAUUCAGAAUUCUACCUGCUGCUGAGAGAAAAGUUGAUCCCACUACCAAAAAUGCUCAGGCAAUAAAGAAGCAUUAUGUUAACUUGAAUAAUUGUUCAAUGUUCAAAAUUUUAUCUGCAGCAAAGGAGAAAAUUGACUCCACUACCAAAAAUAAGAAACAGAAAAAGUCAAAGGAGACUAGGGAACCAGAAGUACAGAAAGAAAACUCUCGCGCAAAAAAGAAGGCAGAAAAGCCUCAAGAGAAAAAGAAAGAAAGGAAGAAAGCAGAAACCAAGACUCAUGAAAAUGAUGAAGCGAAGAAAAAGAAAAAAGAGCUUGCUGAAUUUGAAAAAAGAAAGAGGGAAGCUACGGCUGUGUCUGUUCAGGAGAGGGCAACAAAGCUAUUUGCAUCGUGUUCCAACUUAGAUGUGCAUCUCUCCAGGCAAACUGCAGUGCUGCUCCAGAGCUGGUCUUUAAUCUAGCUGAGGCAGAGCGGGAUUAUUACCCUAAAACACGGCCCCGUAUGAAACUGGCGAAAUAU